GUUUUUUCCUGAUAUUAUAUCACCCAAAAAGCAUAAUAUCUCAAGACAUAUUCUGCUGGUGCAGCUUUAGACACAGAUUCCCUAUGAAGCUGUUUAGUGCAGUUAUCUUUAAGCGCUACAGAAUUUGCAUAAACUAACAUAAUGCCAUUUCAAUGUACAAGAGAACACAGUCUUGUUAUAAGUUGCAGAAGACGGACAAGAAAAGGCGAAACACAAAAUUUGAGGAUACCUACUUCCCUUGCCUCUCUUGAUCGAGUAAUCAGAAGUUUUACUUUUUACGACGGAAAACGCGUGGAGAUUUCAAUUGUAAACAUUUUGAUGGGGAUGUUUGAAUUGCAAUGGGAAGCACAGACAUUUGACGAGUCUGUAUAGCAGGAUUGGCAAUUGAUAAAGGUUUUGCAACUGAGAAGAUGAGACACAGACAGAAUAUUCCCAGUAGCUCAGGCUGAAGAAGGCAGUGUGAAUGUUGAAGAAAUCUAUCUUCAAUCGUUGC